AUGUGUGAGUUUACCUCGUCCUCAAAAAACAACAGACAAUGGAUGUCUGAUGAAACAGAUGAUGAUGAUGAUGAUGAUGAUGAUGACAAGUCCAAAGCUAAUAAGUCUGAGGCUGGUCUUAAAACAAUCGUCCGGCAAACAGCUAUGUAUAGAGUGAACAAUGAAAUGGUGAAUUUCACUCGUGUAUUGUGUGAGGCGUGUAGGGACGAGGACUGCGCGCACGUCGCGCUAUCGGAUGUCCGUCCUUGUAAAAUAACAUCAUCAAGUCCUGCUACAUGUGAUCAAACAAGGAAAACGAUUUUACAAGAGGGCAACAUUGGACAAACAAAACAUUUUUCGUGGGUCGGAGUCUUAAGAGUACAUUAUCAUAAAGGAGAGAAAUUUGGUGUAGGAGUGACGGGAAUUGUUUUAAUAAAAAGAAAAUAUUCUAUUGCAAAUGCCUAUGAUGUUGGUAAAAUUUCGAAAAAUUAUUUAAGAAAAGAGGGCAAAGCUAUGUUCAUUCUCAAAAACAACGUAACCUGGUCGAGUACAGUGCGGGACUACUUCACUCACCCGGAGUACGAAGAUUCUAUGUACAAUACGAUAGCAUUGCUAGAACUUGAAGUCCAGAAUAACGAUGUUCUAAGUCCGAUUUGUUUGACCAGCAAAAAAUACAAUAUUACUGGGCAUCUUUACGCCAUUGGAUACACUGAUGAACACAUGCUUCUGGAAAAAGUGAUUUAUAAUAUACAAAAUGUUACCCGAGAACAUUGCGACGAGUUCUACAAUCGGAUCGGUUUCAAAGAAGAACAUGACACGCCCAAACGUUACCAUUGUGGGUUUGCCAAGAACAACAAGAACCACUGUGUGUGGGAGAACGGCAUGGUGCUAGCUUCUAACUCCUCAGGACCCUGGGUAUUGAUCGGAUUUGGCAUCAAAGGUCCAGGAUGUUACGCGCCAAGCCGAUUUAUAGACGUCCUGCUGUAUUUACCUUGGAUCAAAUCCCAAACAGAGGAAAUCAAAGAAAUAUACUAACGACCUUGACGUACUUUAUUUUAUCAAGAAAAACAUGCCUCGAGAAAAAUGUAAUUUUUUUCUUAUAAUUAAAUUCAAUUUAA